AUGAUCGGUGGCGGUGGUGGUGACGGUGACGGUGACGGUGACGGAAUGCAGCCACCACGUGGUCGCUCGCUGGAUGACGAAGACUCAAAGACGCUGCGCUACGAUUGCUUUGCAGCAGCAGCAACGGUUGCAGCCGAGCACCGACGACGCAAUGACGCAAAGCAUUCCCGAAAAGCACGUGAUGUGACGACAACCCGUCUCCUUAUGACUGUAAGAUUCGCCUUCGGCGACAAUUUAGUCCUAGUCUCCUUAGUCCCGUAA